CUGUGCGCACUUUGCGGAGCAGCCACUUGCUGCACAGGAGCGGAUGCAGAGUCCAGCUCUGGUCCUCCGGCCACAGCGCAGAGGAUGGAUUUCUAUCACUUCUCUUUUCUUUGCGGGUUUCUUGCGUUUGUUUGGGAGAUGCCCUGUUUCCAGACUCUCGUUAUUUCCCCCCCAGCGGCCCCGAAGAGCAGCAAGUUGGCGACGAUUUUUAAUUCACAAGAAGCGUCUAAAUAUUUUAAGGAGUUUUACGCGCCACUGUCACAGGACAGAAACAACAAAGCAACGCCGAAAGACUUAAUUGAGCCGCAUGACUACAUGCUGUCUAUUUACAGGACUUUCUCCACAGCGGAGAAACUGGGUCUCAACGCCAGUUUAUUCCGUUCUUCAAAAGCUGCAAACACUAUUGCAAGUUUUGUGGAUAGUGGGCAAGAUGACCUCCCACUCUCCCCUCUGAGGAGACAACAGUAUCUGUUCGAUGUCUCAACCCUCUCAGAAAAAGCGGAGGUGCUGGGAGCCGAGCUCAGGAUUUACACCAAAGCGUCUGGGAAUUUCAGAAUAUCGGAAACAGAGCCUGUCGACAUCCAGCUCCUCUCCUGCCAUGACCAGCAGCUGCUCAGCUCCAAAACACUCGACCUGGAGGGUUCCCACAGGCCAAAGUGGGAAGUAUUGGACGUGUGGGAGAUAUUCAAAGAGCGACAAGUGCAAAGCCAGGGGAAACACUUCUGCCUGGAGCUCAGGGCCAUGCUGGACAAUCCUGAGAGGGACCUGGACCUGCAUCUUCUGGGACUGCACAGACAUGGGAGGCCUCAGCAGAAGAAAGCCAUCUUAGUGGUCUUCACCCGGUCAAAGAAGAAGCAGACCCUCUUCAGUGAGAGGAGGGAGGGGAGAGCAUUACUGGGCCUCGAGAGAAAGCCCAAAGAGAGGGGCCCUGGCACUAAAGCCAGCAGGAGACGCAGGACUGCUGCACCCAAAACCCGCCAUAGGAAGCGACAUGGCAGGAAGUCCAAAUCCAGGUGCAGCAAGAAGCCCCUCCAUGUGAACUUCAGAGAUUUGGGCUGGGACGACUGGAUCAUCGCCCCACUGGACUAUGAGGCAUACCACUGUGAGGGUGUAUGUGACUUCCCCCUGCGUUCCCACCUGGAGCCCACCAACCACGCCAUCAUCCAGACUCUGAUGAAUUCAAUGAACCCGAGCAACAUGCCUCCAAGCUGCUGCGCCCCGUCCAAACUCAGCCCCAUCAGCAUCCUCUACAUCGACUCAGGAAACAAUGUGGUCUACAAGCAGUACGAGGACAUGGUGGUGGAGUCCUGUGGCUGCAGGUAGUAGACCUGGCAGGGGUCAUGGCUAACCUUGACCUCCUGGGAACUGAACUGCAUUGUAGUCUGAUGGGAGACAAGCCUGUACCUGAAAUAAAGAGAACUUUAUUUAGCAAGAUGAAGCCUUAAACAAAAACUCAAAUGCAUUUUUCAACUGUGGAUCCAACAGUCAUCCUGAUACCUCAAACAUCUGUUUUUAUGUAUCUUGCCUUUUUUGAGAAACUCCGUCUAGUCACCUGAAACUCUGCAAUUCCCACAAAUUUGUGGACACAUAAGUAUAAAUCUCUUUGCUAAAUUAAUAAAAUACUCAAAACAAAGGUUGAGUAUUUUCUUACAAAGAUUUUGAUAAAAAUGAAAGUGCUUUCAUAUCUGCAUGCUAAAGCCUGCAGCCUGGUCCUUCCCUAAAGUAACAAAAACUAUGCCACAUGUCUGCAGAGCGGGCGUUAACGGCCAUUUAUUAAACAAAUAAGUCAUCAAAUUUUCUCAAAUCUGCAUCUAAACAGAUGUGACACAGCAGAGAAACACAGGCCACCACCAUCUGUAAAUACUGGUUUAUUUUCUGAUAGAUUGAUACCUGCCACAAACCUGAUACAGGCGACGAUGUUCCCCAAAGCUUUAACAUGCAAGUUUCAAGUUUAUACCAGGCUAAGUCACUUCUGGUGACUCAGUUUGAGAGUAGUGGAGCAUUUUAUAUGUUGAACUAUUCAACACAUCAGACAAACAUCAUGUGCAAAUGUGCAAUUUGUGCCAUUUUUAAGCUUUAUGCUAUAAAACGUUAAAGGAUUAACAAUGAAUAUACAUUGAUGAGCCACAACAAUAAAACCAGCUCAUAAAUAUUGCGUCGGUCGCCUUUGUGUCACAACUCUAACCAAUCAGAGACAGAGACAGCACCUCUGAGGGCGUCUGGAUGUCUGCUACCAGGACAAGGGUUCUACAAUGCAUGCUGAUUGUUAAUGAUUAUUGACAAUGAAAUAAAGAUCUGCUUUGAGUUUUACUUAAAUAGAGGUGUAUGUCAUCAGUGCAGUAGUUCUUUUUAAGAAUGACUGGAUCUGGCUGGUUACAGUGCAUCCCGCGGAUGCUUGGAUUAGAAUGCGGAAUGGAAGUCUGGAGGCCACAUAAACUUUGAUUUGCGCUCUUUGUCGUGGUCGUUCAGCCAUCACUGAGCAGAUGCUACAGUGCGGGUUGGGCACAGUGUCUUGCGGGGGGGUGCACGCUGAGUCCAAGGAGUCUUGGUACUUGUCUAACUUGAAUGCCAGGACCUAAGGUUUCCCAGCAGACCAUUUCCAUUUGUAGAGGACUGCUGUUAUUCACAUCAGCGGUCAGUGGUUUUAUUGUUCUGGCUCAUUUUUUCUUUGGUCAUUGUGACCAUUUUCAAAAGAACAUCUUGGAGUAAAAUGAACUAUGCAGGUCAGACAUUCAAAACAAUCUGUUAGUUCAUUAGUGUGUAUAGUAUGUAAUAACUCUGCGUCUGGUUCCCCUACAACAAUAAAAAUUUGUCCAGUUAUUUUAACAUAGAACAUUUGUUGACUGCACAAACUGACUGAUUACACCGUUUCCGGCUGUUUCUUCUGUAAACUGAAUGAUUAGCUUCAGAUAAACAUGUUCAAUGUAAUGGAAGCUUUGAGUUUCAUCUCUGUCAGGAUUAAAAUAGCACAUUUUCAGCACCUGAAAUAUCCAAUGACUCAGGGAACGUCUUCCAGUGCUGGGAAACGUGAAAAGCCUCAACCAACGUCCGCAUCCUCUCAUCAAAACCGCCGCAGGGUUUCUCACCGCUUCACUCGUGCAUGAGGAGAUGAUAUCCACACAGUAAUGCUGUCUGUAAUGCACUAAUGGUCAAAGGUGCCGUGUGUAAAUAUGUGAUGUGGAAAUAGUAAUUUAUGUCAUGUGAAUAAGUUAUUGCGUUUAUAUUGUGCGCUUUGCGCUGUUACAGCUUCCAGACGGCGUGAGUCACACAUCUGGAUGUUCAGGUUCAAAUAAACACAUGUGGGCAAUGUUUUUGUAUAGAAUUGUGACCGAUUGUGAAAUAUCAGAUGUCUAUCAGUGUUUUUAAUGUAUAUAUAAACAGGAAAUAAUUAUCCACCAAAAUAAUGGUGAAGUGAAUUUAUCUCAGCAGUAUAUUUUAGCCACUUAUACUUUUGAUUCUGAGAUAUUUACUGGCUUUAUAAAAUAAUAUAUUACAACAGCUGGUACAGACAGUGUUGUGUUUUAUAUGAACCUCUCAUUUCUAUAAAAGCGUGUCAAACUAUGA